GCUUAAAUGUUCGCCAGCGGUCGAGGCGGUAGAGCUGCAGUCCACCAGUCCCACGCCACCUAAAGGAUACAGGCCAGCGGAAGCCCAACACAAAGAAGCAAAAUGGAGGCGACAGCAAGUCCAAAUUUGCAAUCGGUGGUGGACAUUCCCACGAUGUAUAAGGAUCCCUGGUACAUGAUCACCGUGCUGGUCCUCUAUCUGUACUUCGUCACCAAAGCGGGUCCGCAUUUCAUGGAAUGGCGCAAACCUUACGAGCUCAAGCGGCUGAUCUUGCUACAUAACUUCAUUCAGGUGGUUUCAUGCAUAUAUGUUAUAAAAGAGGUCCUGUACAUUACGGACAACACCAUAUACAUCUUUUGGAAGUGCCGCGACAUCGGGAGCAGCCCAGAGCUCGUGAGGCGGUACUACAACUUGGCCUACUUUCUUUUCUGGCUAAAGAUCUCCGAGUUGAUUGAAACCGUGAUCUUUGUGCUUCGCAAGAAACAAAACCAGGUGUCUAAGCUGCACAUCUUUCAUCACUUCUCUACGGUAACGCUGGUCUACGUACUGAUCAACUUGAACAAAAAUGGUUCUGCUGCUUACUUCUGCGUGUUCUUGAAUUCUAUCGUCCACGUUAUCAUGUACUCGUACUACUUUGUGGCGGCAGUGGCGGAUAAGAGCUUGGUGCAGGCCCUAACCCCAGUGAAGAAGUGCAUCACAGUGAUUCAGAUGACACAGUUUGCCCUCAUCCUCACGCAGGUUGCUUCCCAGCUGGUAUUGUGCGGCAUGCCGCCCCUAGUGCUCCUCUACUUCACCACCGUCAUCGGAGGCAUGUUCUACGGCUUUUACGACUUCUACAAUAGUGCCUAUCAAGCCUCGCAGCGGCGCAAGAGUCAGACCCCUCAGCCAGACUCAAAAAAGUAAUCCCAUGUCCACAAAUCACGCAAUAAAAGGGUACCAACAAGUGUGUAUGUGUAUCCAAAUGUA